CACCCUGCCUAUUCAGUCUAUUGUUGCUGCCUUAGUAUUGUUCUCCUGUUCCCCAAGCAACAAUAGUAGUAGAUAGCAAGCAGAGCAGUGGGUGCAGCACAACGAACCCCGAUAAGUAUCCAAACAAACCUCCAAUUUCCAAACCUGACCCUUUCUUCUCUUCCUCAAACGUGGACAUACAUCUUUCCUUUUGCCCACUGCGAAUCUGGGAUCCAUCCAUCGCAAGGAAAGUCAUCCAAAUUCUUUCUCGCAAAAUCAAAAGUCAAGCGAUCCCCUUUCUGCUCAAGUACCCCAUAAACAAUCAAACCUGCCUCCUCCUUUCAGACCUUCAUUUUUGCGCUUUCGAACAACAUUCGAACGCGUCGCGAGCGUUUCGAAACACAGGCGACAAGCCCAUCAUGGCUGCCCCGCAAGAAAACAAUGACGGGCCGGCUAGUUGGAGUCGUGAAGCCUGGGAGAGGGUCGCUCGCGAUAGAGAGGCUCGAGAAAGGGCCACUGAAGAAGAGAUCGAAGAAGUCGGCAUCCGCCCCGACGCCGAGAGGAUUGUCUGUCACAUGAACGAGGACAUAUCCAAUCGCCCGUCCAAAAGAGCCAGAAUCGACGACUCCACGGCCCGCCGAGUCUAUCAAGACUCCCACGGUAACGGUCCGGAUCAUGACCGUCAAGAUAAUCAUAACCAGACCCGCAAGUCGGACGAGAACUUUGAUGAGGACGCGUUCGAGAAACAGUGGCAAGCCCUUCUCAAAGAGAAAAAGCUGCAAAACACCGACCCCAAGCUUCUGCAAGAGUUCCGCAACAUUGCUCGGCAGCGUGCUGGUCUCAUCGCACGGGGCAUCGCCGCGUAUGAUGCCGCCCAUCCGCCCCCCGCUCCCCCUCGGCGCCGCUUCGAUCUGAUCGGCUCGCUGAGCAGCUGCAACGAGCUCAUCGUCGAGGUGUGCAAGCAUGUGAAGCCGCGCGACAUCCUCCGGCUGUACAGCAUCUCAAAAGACUUCCACAUUGCCGUCAACAAGGACAUGCGCAGCAGUGUCCUGGCCUGGGCGAAAUUCAUGGCGCCCAGCUCAACCCGCAUCUACAGCUGCCCCAUCUACUACUCCUGGUUCGUUGAGGACCCCACCGGCCGCCCUCCCACCCAGGAGGACUGGCUACUGUACGUGCCCCGCCCCGGCCAGGCACGCGGGCCACCUAUCCCCCUGGUCAGCCUCGUGCCUAGCAAUGUGCGCAUAGUCCCGGGCCUCAAGUGGCUGCAGAUGGUCGUCGCGCGCGAGAUCCGGGUGCGCGACAUCCUCGCAACCCUGGCCAGGAUGGGCCACCGCACGCCCGAGGGCGCUCACUUGACCCUCAAGAAACUCUGGGUGAUCAUGGACGCGGCCACCUCGUCUGCGCGCAUGCGACUGAUCAACAACCCGGACUUCUUUACCGACGAGGACCUCUACAUCGCCCAGCUCUUCAUGGUGAAGCUGGUGCUCGCCUUCAACGACCCCAUUUUCGGCCCCCAAUCCACCUGUCUGAUGCGGCUCAUGCUGGGCCAGCGCAGCCUGUCUCCCUUGUGGGCUCUGCUGCGCGGCAAGAAGUACCGGUCCGAGGGAGAGAUCGAGAAACUCAAGCUCCGUUACGAUGUCGGCCCAGAGGAUGUCAUGGAGCGCCAGAACCUGCAGCUUCAUGGUCUGCAGCCGCACGAGCUCGGGACCGGCCACCUCGAGGGAUGGGGCAGAGGCGGUGCCCACUUGCUGAGACCGGACGAGCUGGUUCCCGCCGAGGCAGCCCGGCGCCAGCUCCACCUCGACUCGUGCAUCCAUGAGAUGAUCAUUUAUGGCCACGUCGACCUGAGCACGGGCAACAGCCUGGUGCCAAGCGUUGAAGAGAUGUACAUGAGCGACGACGAGGAACUGCCGCGUCACCUCCGAGACUGGACGCCCUUGCGGUUCGAGCCCAUCAACGGCGGCUGCGGCAACGUGGACCAGCUCAACCAGGAAUGGGACAAAGACGACGAUGACGACGCAGAAGGAGAAGAGGCGGACGACGAGGAAGAAGAGGACGUGGAUGAGUCAGAG